GACUCUCCCAACACUAGCAGACACUUGUCAAAAGGGAAAUCUUUUUUUCUGCCUACGCAUACAAAGAUGGUUCUGCUGGAUAAUUCUUCGUUCAUAAUUCGAUUAGAAAAGUUCGCAAAUUCUGCGAAGAAGGAUUCUUCAUUCACUGUGACGUUUAAACGCUACAAUGGCCACGAGCGACCAAAGCCGCGGGAAGGGCGACCAGCGCUACCCGAACCAGAAACGUACUUGUGCCUUAUGCGUGCACAGAUGAAAUCAAAGAAGAUAUCCACAAUUGUGCGUCAAGAGGAUGUACCCAAAAUGAUGAGCAUGUACGCGCAAUUCAUGAAGAGCAACAUGGAUGGUCUAAAGCGUGUCAAAAAAGUGAAGAGCAAAGCGAAGGCGGCAAAGGGAUAAACGCUGUCAACUCAUCUGCUUAGGACAUAAUUUAGCUUUUAAAGAACCUUCUUGUUUGCCUAUAAAUUGCAAGUCAAAGUAAAACAGGACAAUAUUUGUCAAUGUCCGCUAUACCCCACUGCAAGUGAAGGACAAUAUAAAUAAUAAACAUAGUUCUUUUAAAUUGUGUAAAAAUGCA